UGCGGCUGCAAGUUUCUCGUCAGUUUCUCGCCAACUUGGCUAUCAGGGUCUCUUUUUUAAAAAAUUUAGCUUAGAUACUUUUUAAGAGUUUGUUAUUCAUACUAUUUGUUUUUUUCAUGGUGGUAACUGGAUUUUUGUUCAAUUAUCACAUUUUACGAUUGAAGUGUUUUGCUGAAAAAUGUGAAUCAUGGCGUUUAAAAAGUUGCUAUUUACCCAUGAAAAUUGGAGGUAAACCAGCCUGGAUGGAUUUAAAAAACAUACCGAGUGCUAAAGAUGUUGUAUGUGAAAUUUGUAAUGACCCGUGUAUAUUUUUAUGCCAAAUAUAUGCACCGGAUGAACAAAAUGAUGAAGCAUUUCAUCGUAGUUUAUUUUUAUUUAUUUGUAGAAAAGCUCAGUGCUGCAAGCAAAAUAGUAAUAAAAAUUUAAAAAUAUUUAGGUCUCAGUUACCACGUGACAAUGAAUAUUAUCCAGCUGAACCUGUUGACUUUGAUAAAAAAAAUCCUCAUGACAAUUUAGAAGCUUCCUAUUGGAUCAAAGUAUGCAGAGUUUGUAACAUUAAAUCACCUAGUCACUGCAAGAAAUGUCAGAAAGUAAAUUACUGUUGCCGACAACAUCAAAUUCUUGAUUGGGAAGCUGGACACAAAAAAGUAUGUGCUAAAUUAGCCGAUGGUGAAAAAAUUGAAUUACCCGAUGAGACUUACGAGAGAUUUUUAUUUCCUGAGUAUGAGAUUGAUUAUGAUGAGGAGUGUCCGGAUGACGAUAAUGAUGAUGAUGAUGAUAAUGGGGAUGAUAAAGAAAAAGUAGAGCUGGAUAAAUUUAAUAAGAUGGUGGAAGAAGGAUCUGCCGGUAGCUUACAACAUAUCAAAGAGAGCGACUUGAUAGAAAUGGUUAAGGCUAAUGAUGACGAAGUAUUCAUGAAAUUUAAAGAAAAAAUUAAAAAUAAUCCUGAUCAAAUCUUAAGAUACCAUCGUGGAGGACAACCACUAUAUAUAUCCAAGAACAAUAAAGUGAAAGGAAUUCCAACUUGUGAAAAUUGUAAUGGAGAGCGUACAUUUGAAUUUCAAUUAAUGCCGCAGUUAUUGAAUUAUUUAAAUUGUAAUGACAUUGGUAGCAUAGAUUGGGGAGUGCUGAUUAUUUUUACUUGUAAAAAUUCAUGUAGUAUAGUGGGGUACCAGCCGGAAUUUAUUUGGAAACAAGAUAUUGAAACGGUCUAAUUUAUUACGUGUAAGCAGCUAUUUGAUAAACAUUCAUUGCUUGCAAAAUUUACUGGUUAUAAUUUUAACUGGAGUUAUCAGAUAUUUUCGGCUGAGUUUUUCUUGGAAUCAAGAUCUCUGUAUACAAACUGCAGACAGCACAUUGAUGCACUACUGUCUAGUCUAACGAAUUGGACAAGUGACCAUAGUAACAUUUUAGAAAUAAAAACCAAAAGUUUUAUUUAAUUAUUCAUAAUUAAGUAAGCCUUUUAUUCAUGAUCUUAUCUAAAUAAAAUUGUUUUUACUCCAUACUCAGAAUGAUUUAAAAAAAAAAAUCCGAAUUCUGAGUAACGGAGUAAAGUCAAAUCAAAAAUUAAUUUCUGAUUUUUUAGAGCAAAAAUUGAAUAUUUGUAUUAUAUCGAACUUGAAAUGUUUCAAAAAUAAUAAAUGAGACCAUAGCCAAUUACUAUGUAAUUUAUAUCAUUAUAUACGAUAUAUAUAUUUUUUAAUUGAAAACUUUAAAGUUAGUUUUUAAAAUUUAUUGUUAAAAUAUACAAAUUCUGGCUAAACUAACACAUGUACGGCAAAGAUGUAUAU